GUCACGAGUGACACGUGUAUCCAAGAUGGCGGCGGCGGUAGUGAUGGAAGCAUUGACAUUUAUGGUGUUGUCCGUUCUUCAUUCUGCCAAUGCCUUUUAUGUGCCAGGAGUUGCACCGAUAGACUUCCACCAAAAUGAUCCUGUGGAAAUCAAGGCUGUUAAAUUGACUAGCUCACGGACACAGCUUCCCUAUGAGUAUUACUCACUGCCGUUCUGCCGGCCAGAUAAAAUAGUUUACAAAGCAGAAAACCUGGGUGAGGUGUUGAGAGGAGAUAGGAUUGUCAACACUCCAUUCAAGAUGCUCAUGAACAGUGAUAAGAAGUGUGAGGUUCUCUGUGACCAGUCAAACAAACCUGAGAAACUGUCUCUGGAGAAGAGUAAGCUGGUUGCAGAGCGCAUCAAAGAGGAGUAUUACGUCCACCUAAUUGCUGACAAUCUCCCUGUCGCUACACGGCUGGAGUUCAGCCCAGACCGGGAUGGUGAGGAAGAGCAGAAGAAAGAUGUUCAAAAGGAUGUGCAGUUUGAACACGGGUAUAGGCUUGGCUUCACAGACAACAACAAGUUUUAUCUGCACAACCACCUGUCGUUUAUAAUUUUUUACCACAAAGAGAAAGUAGAGCAGGGAGAGGAGCCCACCUUCAGGGUAGUGCGCUUUGAGGUUAUGCCACAGAGUGUCAAGUGGGAAGAUCUAAAAGCUGAUAAAGGUUUGUGUACGUUGCCUGAAGCCAGUGGCUCUGCUCCUCAAGAAAUUGACCCCACCAGCGAAAACCAGGUUCUCUUCACCUAUUCUGUUCACUGGGAGGAGAGUCUUGUCAAAUGGGCGUCCCGUUGGGAUACAUACCUGACUAUGAGUGACGUACAGAUUCACUGGUUUUCCAUUAUCAACUCUGUGGUGGUCGUCUUCUUUCUUUCAGGCAUUUUGAGUAUGAUCAUCAUUAGAACCCUAAGAAAGGACAUUGCUAAUUACAACAGAGAAGACGAUAUUGAGGACACAAUGGAGGAGUCUGGGUGGAAGAACGUCCAUGGUGACGUGUUCCGUCCACCUCGCUAUCCCAUGAUUCUCAGUUCCCUGCUGGGAUCUGGUAUUCAGCUCUUCUGUAUGAUACUCAUAGUAAUUUUUGUUGCCAUGCUGGGCAUGCUGUCACCAUCCAGCAGAGGAGCCUUGAUGACAACCUCCUGCUUCCUCUUCAUGUUCAUGGGUUUGUUCGGAGGUUAUUUUGCUGGCCGUCUUUAUCGUUCUCUAAAGGGUCACAGGUGGAAGAAAGGAGCAUUCUGUACCGCCACCCUGUACCCUGCAGUCGUGAUUAGCAUCUGUUUUGUUCUGAACUGCUUCAUCUGGGGAGAGCACUCGUCUGGAGCGGUGCCUUUUGCUACCAUGGUUGCCCUCCUGUGCAUGUGGUUCGGUAUCUCCAUGCCCCUGGUCUAUUUUGGCUACUAUUUUGGGUUCCGCAAACAGCCUUAUGAUAACCCAGUCCGCACCAAUCAAAUUCCCCGGCAGAUCCCAGAACAGAGAUGGUAUAUGAACAAGUUUGUUGGAAUUCUUAUGGCUGGUAUCCUGCCCUUUGGUGCGAUGUUUAUAGAACUUUUCUUCAUUUUCAGUGCUAUUUGGGAGAAUCAAUUUUAUUACCUAUUUGGGUUCCUGUUCCUAGUGUUCAUCAUCCUUGUUGUUUCCUGCUCUCAGAUCAGUAUUGUAAUGGUUUAUUUCCAACUCUGUGCAGAGGAUUAUAGAUGGUGGUGGAGAACAUUCUUAGUUUCUGGAGGAUCAGCUUUCUAUGUUCUUAUCUACGCUAUAUUUUAUUUUGUGAAUAAGUUGGAUAUUGUAGAGUUCAUUCCAUCACUGCUUUAUUUCGGAUACACAGCUCUGAUGGUCCUCUCCUUCUGGCUGUUAACAGGAACGAUUGGUUUUUAUGCUGCAUAUAUGUUCAUACGGAGAAUCUACGCCGCUGUCAAAAUAGACUGAGUGAAUAACCCGAGCACAAACCUGUGCGUAUACUUGCGUGUGAAGGGAGGACAGCCAGACAGGACCUCUUACUUAAUUAAAAUGCAAAUUCAAAGUUUAAUUCUUUUAUUGCACAGAUCAUGGGCCACGUGGGAUAAGGGGGUUUCAAGUUGGCAAAAGAUAUCAUUUUAAAUCUAUUUUGUUUUAUGACUGUUUUGAGUUAACAAUUUACCAUUUUACAAAAAAAAAAAAAAAAAAAAACUACACUGAAGCUACUCUUUUUCUAAUUCUGAUCAGAGAUAACCUCUAGUGCCUGUUUGUUCCAGGUUUGUGGUCCGGUAAUCUUUUGCAGUUGAUCUGUACAGAGGCUCACAUGGUUGUUCAGCUGUUAGACUAGCAUGCAGGAUGGGAAAAGAGGACAGAUGUAAGGUUUGUCGCAUUGUCUGCUGUACAUGUUUCAAUCCAAACAGACAUUCAGCCAAAUCUUAUCCUUACAGUACAUCAAUUGAAUGUUUUUACUUCAAUACUGCUGUUCCAGUGGUAGCAAAUACAAGUUAAUAUAGAUUUUUAAUUAAAUAGGAUUUACGUAUAGAAUAUGUACAAAGUUUACUUGUGCCUGUUCUGAAUCCACACCCUAAAAGCAGUCUCGACCCUCUUAUAAUUUUCAUUUUAAAGCUUCAGGGCCAUUGUUUCCCCGACACAACAGGAACCCUAAAACAAAAGUCUAAAUCAAUAUGUGUUCUAAACAUGUGAUUUUGCUGCUGUUUCAAAAUUUAUUAAUACAUUUUUAAGUACCUAAUGCUGCCAAAAAGGGUAUGUAGGUUCUAAAGUUGAGAGCUAUUCAGAAUACAUUUUGGGGUGUGGGGGGUGAGACCAAGGAAUGCUUGUACGUAACACAUAUGAAAUGUAAAACCAGUUCAGUAUAAUUCAUAAGAGGUAGUAGCGUCAUGUAGUCCUGCCUUGUGUAUUGACAGAAGCACCUGAGGGUUUAAACAGGAAUCUGAGAAAUGUAUGCAACAUUUCCUAACAAAGACUUGGGAGGGUAAUGCAUGUGUAUAUUUUAAGCUGUUUUUUUUUUUUUUUCUCUCUGGCAUACAUGCAUCUGAGCAAACUGAUGUUACAAGUCAUGUGCAUAUUUUUUUUGUUUUUGUCACUCCCAAACACAUGGAACAGGAUUAGCAAUAUGUCUGUAAACAGUGGUGUAAGCAUUUAUUGGUUCAGCUUCUGCAUUUCUUUUUGUACAAUAUAAUAAAGUUUGUUACCAUA